AUGUCUUCGCCUUCCUAUUCUUUGUUUGACUUUCCUUCACGCCAUACACCCUUUCGAAACCGGUCGCAUGCUUCGGCCUUGCUUGCUUUGCACCAACAACAUGGACGAGGGCCGACCCGAUCGAAUGCCAUUCAUCGAAAACGGAGGACCUUCAAAGACGACAUUAUAGCAUUUGCAGAACGCCAAUCGCAUGGACCGCCUUCAUACCCUGAUUAUCUCCAAGGCACCGUGUAUGCCAAACUUGUUCAUGAGCAACAUGCCUUGUACUGCAAAAAGUUUGGCAAGCAUCGCAACGGCCCGGUAGCUGAUCUUGUCGAGGUUGCACCAGACUCGUUUGUUGCAGCGUUGAUUACACACGAUUUAAGGCUGCCGACAGCAUGGAACCCAAAUGACAAGGGCGAAUUCGUGGAUAUCAGCGAAGAUUGCAUGGAACUUACAUAUAAAGGUGCUGGCAAGGAUGAUGCUGAUAUCUCUGCUGUACGAUCCAAUUUUCCAUUUCGGCCGCAAUGUGGAUUGUUUUAUUUCGAGGUGGAGAUCAUUUCCAAAGGUGUUGAUGGCCACAUUGGGAUCGGAUUCUGUUGGUCGAAUAGUACCUUGGAUCGAUUACCUGGAUGGGAAGAGCACACUUGGGGAUAUCAUGGAGAUGAUGGGCAUUUAUUCUCUGGACCAGGAACAAGUCGACCUUACGGACCCAAGUUUGGUACAGGCGACGUGAUCGGAUGUGGAUUUGAUUUUCGUACCAUGUCAGCAUUUUAUACCAAGAACGGUGUAUACCUCGGCACAGCAUUCCAGAAUAUCAGCAAUGGACGUGGCAUCUACCCUUUUGUUGGGUUUAAAACACCAGGCGAAAAGAUCCGAGCCAACUUUGGAAGUAAUCCUUUCAAGUUUGAUAUCGCUCAUCAUUACAAAGACCAAUCACGGGAAUCAUUCGCUCCUAUCACACAACUCUCUCGACCCAAAAACGAGGAAUUCAACACUAUUCUCGAAUAUCUUUUACAUAACGGAUACAGUCAAUCAGCGUCAGCAUUCAAACGUUCCAUUACUUGUACUCAACUACUAGACAACAACAGCAAUUCAAUGGAUGUGGAUAAUGAUAAAGAGACUGAAGCGGCUACAAGGAGAGAGAUCCGGCUGGCAUUAUUACGUGGCAACAUUGAUGAAGCGAUCGACAUUUGCAAUGCACACUAUCCUGGUGUAUUGGAUAAUAACGAGAUCAUUCGAUUCCGACUUGCCUGCCGAAAGUUUAUCGAGAUGGUUCACAGGAUACACAAGGAUGCUAUUGAUACCAUGGACAUUGAUGAUAAUACUACAACCAAACGACAUGCAGGUGUCAAACGCAGGAGGAGUGUCGCAGAGGCAAAUAAUAACGACACAAUGGAUGAAUCAUCAUCAGCAUCAUCAUCAACAGAAGAUACCAAUGAUCAACAACUUGAAGGUGUGAUGGCCUUUGGUAAAGAGAUUCAAAAGACCUAUGCCAACUUGGUGGAAAAUGAACCUGAGCUGAAAAAGGAGCUUACAGCGACAUUCUCAGCAUUAGCGUACGUCGAUGUCAAGAAUUCUGCCGUAUCCUACUUGUUUGACUCGAGUCAUUUAGAAAAAUUGGCGAGUGAUCUUAAUGCAGCCAUUCUUGUAUCCCAAAAACGAUAUCCCACAACAUCCCUUGAACGAUUAUAUCGCCAAACAGCAGCAGUGAUUAGUGACCUUGUGUUGGUUGGAAAUAGUCAUGCAGCGAUGCUUGAACCCGAGAGACUGCUUCCCAGAAAGGAAUAA